AUUAGAAGCUUUCAAAAACAAUUAUACCAAAUUAGAAAGCAUAUUAAUCCAACUCUGAGGUGAGAUGAUGACUUCUCAGCUUUAUGCUCCAUCCUUCUCUCUCUUACCAAAAUCGUCCAUUAACCCUAAUCAUCUGAUUAAGGAUGGUAGCCCCUCCCUGAUCAGCAUCGUUCCGCGCCACCAUGUCCAUCAAAAUCGUAAGAAGAAAAAAUCCUCCUCCUUGGUGAUCCGUGCCACUUCUGGUGAGCUCAAAUCAUCACCUGCAGCAGUGUCCACCGUUACUUCAACGGAGAAUCAGGCGUUUACGGUAAAGGCUUUGGUGACGGUGACGGUAACAGCUGGAGGGUCCAGCAUACGCUUGAAUCGUCCCCCCGAUGACAAUAUCGACUUGCUUCGAAAAACCUUGCUUUUGGAGCUUGUUGGCGCCGAGCUUGACCCCAAGACGGGGUUGGAGAAGGAAACAGAGGGGUAUGCGUACAAUGUGAGCCACAAAGACGACGAGGUGGUGUAUGAGGCUACUUUCACCAUCCCAGCAGGGUUUGGAGACGUUGGAGCUGUUCAGAUAGAGAAUGAACACAACGAGGAGAUCUUCAUCAAGAGCAUCGACCUCGAUGGCUUCCCGAACGGCACUGUUAAUAUUCCCUGCAAUUCCUGGGUUCAUUCUCUGAAGAGAGUUUUUUUCACCAACAAGUCGUACAUACCAUCAGAGACGCCAAGUGGGUUGAAGAAGCUAAGAGAAUCUGAGCUGCAGACUUUGCGAGGAGAUGGGUUGGGCCAAAGAAAAACAUCUGAUAGGAUCUACGAUUAUGAUACUUAUGACGACCUUGGCGAUCCGGACCACGAUGAUGAACUGGCUAGGCCUGUCCUUGGCGGAAAAGAUCACCCGUACCCGAGGCGCUGCAGAACUGGAAGACCACGCACUGAAAAGGAUCCUUUGUCAGAACAAAGAAGCAGCAGUGAGUAUGUACCAAGAAAACAAAGAAUCAGCAGUGUGUAUGUACCAAGAGAUGAAGCGUUUUCGGAGGUGAAACAGCUGACAUUUUUGACAAAGACCCUGAAUUCUGUGCUACAUAUGUUGAUCCCUUCGCUCGAGGCAGCAGGAGUUCUUGAUCCAGCCCCAGAAUUUACAGACUUCACAGCCAUAGAUUCACUGUUUAACGAAGGAGUCACGUUAGCUAAGCCAAAGGCUGGUGAGUCUUCCAAGACAUUCUGGAAAGCGCUAGGCAAGACUAUCCCAUGGGUAGUCAAGGCUAUUACAGGUGGCGAAAACAAACUUCUGGACUUUAAGACCCCUGAAAUAAUUGACCGUGAUAAAUUUGCUUGGUUUAGAGACGAUGCAUUUUCCAGGCAAACUCUAGCUGGUCUUAAUCCAUAUAGUAUUGAGCUAGUGACGGAAUGGCCAUUGAAAAGUAAACUUGACCCCGAGAUUUAUGGCCCCCCUGAAUCAUUGAUCACAACAGAAGUGGUUGAGAAGGCGAUCAAAGGUUGUAUGACUGUCAAUGAGGCCUUGGAAGGAAAAAAGAUGUUUAUUUUGGAUUACCAUGACCUGCUCAUGCCUUACGUGAACAAAGUAAGAGAGAUUGAAGGUACCACACUGUAUGGUUCUCGUACACUAUUCUUCCUCACUGAAGAUGGGACACUGAGGCCUAUUGCCAUUGAACUCACUCGACCGCCUGUUGGUAACAAGCCACAAUGGAAGCAAGUCUUUACUCCAACCUGGGAUGCCACCGGUCAUUGGCUGUGGAUUCUUGCUAAGGUCCACGUUCUUGCUCAUGACUCUGCCUAUCAUCAGCUUGUCGUGCACUGGCUGAGGACUCAUUGCAGUACAGAGCCAUACAUAAUUGCAGCUAAUCGACAAUUAAGCGCAAUGCAUCCCAUCUACAGACUUCUGCACCCUCAUUUCCGGUAUACAAUGGCAAUCAAUGCUCUGGCUCGAGAAACCCUCAUCAAUGCAGGUGGAAUCAUUGAGAGCAGCUUUUCACUUGGAAAGUACUCCACGGAGUUCAGUUCUGUUGCUUACGACCAGCUUUGGAGAUUUGACAUGGAAGCUUUGCCAGAAGAUCUCAUUAGAAGGGGAAUGGCAGUUGAGGAUCCUACAGCUGAGCAUGGCUUGAAGCUAACAAUUGAAGACUACCCAUUUGCAAAUGAUGGUCUCAUUCUGUGGGAUGCCAUUAAGGAGUGGGUGAGUGCUUAUGUGAACCACUACUAUCCAGACCCAAAUCUUAUUGAGUCUGAUACGGAGCUUCAAGGUUGGUGGACAGAAGUUAGAACCAAAGGUCAUGCAGACAAGAAAGAUGAGCCAUGGUGGCCUGUUUUGAAAACUCCGGAAAGUCUGAUUCACACUUUGACUACUAUCAUUUGGGUAACCGCUGGUCAUCAUGUAGCCGUGAACUUUGGUCAGUACAUGUAUGGUGGAUAUUUCCCUAACCGCCCUACAAUUGCUCGAACCAACAUGCCAACUGAAGAUUCAUCUGAAUUUCUCCAGAAGUUCAUGGAGAACCCAGAAAUGGCUCUGCUGUUGUGCUUCCCCUCAAAGAUUCAAGCAACAAAAGUGAUGGCCGUGUUAGAUUUACUAUCGAAUCAUUCACCCGAUGAGGAGUAUAUUGGUGAGAGUCUAAAGUCAGCUUGGGCUGAGAAUCCUGUUAUAAAGGCAGCAUAUGAGAAAUUCAGUGGCAAUUUGAAGAGGCUAGAAGGAAUUAUUGAUGAGAGAAAUAAAAAUUUGAAACUGAAAAACAGAGUUGGAGCAGGCGUUGUUCCAUAUGAGCUUUUGAAGCCAUUCUCAACCCACGGUGUCACAGGAAUGGGAGUUCCAAACAGCAUCUCCAUCUAAAUUUGAUGAUGAGGAAUCGGUGUUCCAAACAGCAUCUCUGUCUAGAUUUUAGGUUGAUGUUGUAAAAACUCUUUAUGUAUUCUAUUUGGCCCUUAAUAAAUCAAUAAUAUGGGGUGCUUAAAGUUC